AUAGCAGCGUGCGUAUCGCCGUGCGAUUUCUCGUAAAUCUACAGUUAGUUUUAGCUAGGCAGUUGGCGCGCCUGGACAACGACAACGUAAACUGCGUUUGGAGUGUCUCUAAAUAAGCAUAACAAGCAACUCCGUCGUCAAAUUAUCUCUGUGUGCGGUCUCCGUUAGAAUUAUAAAUAUAUAUACAAGUACAAAUAUAUAUACAAACCAUUUUAACCGCUUUGAAUUUAUCGCAACAACAAUAACAAAAACAUUUGCAGCUGCACACCUGCAAAUGAUCAGGCGAAACAAAAACGAGAGUAGUCGAUUUUUUGCCUAAAAAGAAUGGCACAGAGUGGAGCCAUCAAAAGUGUCGCUGCUGCCGCCGUGCGAAACGUUCGUGUUCCGCCCAACCAGACUGUGACUGGGAGCCAUCCAACCAUCCCUCGAGUUGCGUCAUGCGCUUAAAUGGAGCUAUGGAAAUAUAUGCAAUAAAUAUACCAGUGCGUAGUCGUUUAUUGCCCCGACAACAGCGUAAAACAAUCACAAAAUAAAGGGGAAAAAAAAACAGAGGUGGAGAAUAAUGCUUCUGAGGCAAGCACAAAAAUGUAAAUCUGCAAAGAGUAAACAUAUUAUUCAAAAGUUGCAACCAAAGCCAAACGAAUGAAAUCAAAAUACCAAAGUCGAGUUACGAGACCAAAUCGCAAAAAAACCAAAAAGCAACAACAACAAAAAGAAAUAUAACAAUAUAUGCUUCUGAUACAGGCCAAAGAUACGAAAAUGACUGGAAAUCUCAGCAACAAAAUGGCCCUGGGCAAAUCCAUUAAAAUGUACCUGACCAUAUUCGUAGCCACGACUUGCAUCUAUAUGGUACUAUAUCAGUAUCACAUGUCCCGACAGCCGCUCGCCACCAACGAGGUCGUCAAGCCGCCACUGUAUAUUAUUACGCCCACUUAUCGCCGUCCUGAGCAGCUGGCAGAGCUGACACGACUCGGCUACACGCUAAAGCAUGUGCUCAACCUGCUCUGGCUGGUCAUCGAGGAUGCGAACCGGACGAAUCCGUUGGUCGCGCACACUUUGGACCGCAUUGGUGUUCCCUACGAGUAUCUGGUUGCGCCGAUGCCCGAGCAGUAUAAGCUGACGAAGCGUGCCAAGCCCCGCGGUGUCUCCAAUCGGAAUCGUGGACUCGAUUAUCUACGGGCCAAUGCCACCGAGGGUGUCCUCUACUUUGCCGACGAUGAUAACACCUACGAUAUUAACAUAUUUGAACAGAUGCGCUAUACCAAAAAGGUGGCAAUGUGGCCCGUUGGCCUGGUGACUAAAACCGGCGUCAGCAGUCCCAUUAUACGUGCGGGUAAGCUGGAUGGCUACUAUGAUGGCUGGAUCGGUGGACGCAAGUAUCCGGUUGAUAUGGCCGGUUUUGCAGUGAGCGUCAAGUUUCUGCACGAGCGGCCGAAGGCAAAGAUGCCCUUCAAGCCGGGCUACGAGGAGGAUGGCUUUCUGCGCAGUCUGGCGCCGCUGCAGAACAAUGAAAUUGAACUGCUCGCCGAUGAGUGCCGGGAUAUACUCACCUGGCACACGCAGACGAAAAAGAAUCCAGCUGCUCUGCCGUUCAACCUGACGCGCUAUGGCAACACGAAUCUGGCGUUCAUUGAGAAGCUGCUGGUGCGGCCGUAGAACGAUGCACAAAGGGGACUUAGGAUUAGUUAGGAUAUUACAUGAUAUUUGCGAUUACGAUUGUGUACGCAGCGAGUGAGCUCACAAAGUGUCCAUGACUUUAAACAGUUUGUACAGGUACAAUCUUGUGUUUAAGUCGUCCCUCUAAGCCGACUAUUAUUCAUUUUGCACAGUGUAAAGUCUGCAAAUUAUUAUUAAUCGUAAUCACAAUGUACCCCACAUACGGAUACUACAGAUAGACGCAUACAUAUGUACGUAACUUAGUUAGGCUCUAAGCGCACAACUUUAUACGAUAUUUGAAAGCAUGGCCAGCUUGAUUUGACCCCAGCCGGCAUAAUUUACAUAGCUGCACAGAUAUUAU